CCUGCAACAGAUAAUAAAGAAGUUGCGAUCUGGCCUAAAAAACUUUCCCGCCGGAAACAGUUUCUGGAGUUUCCAAUUUCUAAAACCUAAACGAGACAGAUAGUCUCUGAUUGGGAGAUUGAGAGAGAUUCGUGAAGAAUGGAGGGAAAUCAAGCUGGAUCUUCUCUAGACUCGUUGAUUGCUUCGUUCAAUAAACGAAUCGGCGAAUUGCAGGAACUCGUCAUCGCCAGAAACAUGUAUCCGGCGAGCACCAUCCCGGAUUUAUCGGCGAUUGACACGGCGUUAAGCUCAAUGGAGCUUCAGGUACAAUCGAUCAAAGACCGGUUACGUGAAGAAACCGAAGCUAUUCCAAAAGCCAAGAAACUUAUUGAGGCAUCACUGAAACAACAAGGGAAAUUGCAGAAGAUGUCUAUUUAUGCACCUUCCCAUUUUCCUGACAAGGCUACUAUGUUGAAUUCAGAUUUAAAUAGAUGUUUGCUCCAAGAAAAUGCCAAGCAGUACGAGCAAAAUUCUACUCUCAGCUCUUUGAAAUUUGAUGAGGAAGCAGUUGUUUUACCCAAGGAGAAGAAGGGUCGCGGGUCUCCUCCGCUUUGGUACAUCACUGUUGAGGAACUCAAUUCACUCUCAUCAUACAUGAGAGGAAGGCUCACGCUUGAAAAAGUGAAUGCUGCUAUCAAUGACAUGGCAUCAUAUGCUGAAGCAAAUGCUCAUCUUAUUGCAGCCUCAAAACAGAAGCUGGCAGAAAAUCUCUGGGAGAAAGCACUGAAACUCCGAGAUAUCGUAACAGAGCAAGCAGUGAAGGGCAAACAUUUCUUUCUUGAAACAGACAUGAAGGGACCAAGUUUGAAACUAGACAACACAGGAAAAGCAAUACUCACUGUUCUUCGUCACCUUGGUCGUAUCAGUGAGACUCGCAUUGGACAAAACCGCGUCAUCAUUCUUAUGAAGCCUCACUAGAAACCAACUUGCCUCAAGUAAGUUGUUCAUUUUCUCAAGCGUAAAGGGGUAAUUCCGUCAUUUUACAUCAAUUUCUUGCUUCUUCUCAGCUCCCUUGUACCAUAGAAGGUCUACUGGUCCUUUAAACACCAUUAAGCCUUAAUCUUAAUUCAUAAGACCGGUCCGCCUGACAGGCCCAGCUAGGCCCAGAAAAUCAACUAUGUUGCCAUUU